AUGGGAAAUUUAAUAUUGAUAAAUAAAUUAAGAAAAAAAUAUAAUUUUAUAAAAAAGGAAUCUAAGGAAAAAAAUGAAAUAUUAGUUGAGGAAAAUACUAAUAAUUUAAAUAAUAGUACAAGAGAAGGUUCAACAUUUGAAAGAGAAAAUUUUAUAUUAUCUCAUGCAGGAAAAUUAGAAGAUAAAUAUGUAAUUGAUAAAAAAUUAGGACAAGGAACAUAUGGAUGUGUUUAUAAAGGGAUAAACAAAACAACUAGACAAUAUUACGCAAUUAAAGGGGAGAAAAAAGAUAGAUUAAAAAAUAUAAAUAGAUUUUUUCAAGAAAUUGAAAUAAUGAAAAAAUUAGAUCACCCUAAUAUAGUAAAAUUAUAUGAAACGUUUGAGGAUGAUAAUUUUAUAUUUUUAGUAAUGGAAUUAUGCUCAGGAAAAGAAUUGUUCGAUAGCAUAAUUGAACAAGGCUCUUUUACAGAAAAAAAUGCAGCUACAAUAAUGAAACAAAUUUUUUCUGCUAUAUUUUAUUUGCAUUCUCUAAAUAUAGUUCAUCGUGAUAUAAAGCCAGAAAAUUUCUUAUUUCAAAGUGAAAGUAAAGAUAGUUUAUUAAAAAUUAUUGACUUUGGUUUAAGUAAAAAAUUAUAUGAAGGAGAAUUCACAACAACAAAAGCAGGAACUCCUUAUUAUGUUGCACCACAAGUAUUAGAAGGAAAAUAUGAUAAAAAAUGUGAUAUAUGGUCAAGUGGUAUUAUAAUGUACACAUUAUUAUGUGGGUAUCCCCCUUUUUACGGAGAUACAGAUAAUGAAGUUUUAAAAAAAGUUAAGCAAGGUGAAUUUUGUUUUUAUGAAAAUGAUUGGGGUAAUAUAUCUUUAGAUGCAAAAGAUUUAAUAACAAAUUUAUUAAAAUAUAAUCCUGAUGAAAGGUGCACUAUUGAAGAAGCUUUAAAUCAUCCAUGGAUAACUCAAAUGACAAAAAGUAAAAAAAAUAUUGCAUUAUCAUCUAGUUUGUUAAAUAAUCUAAAAAAUUUUAAAAAAGAAAAUCAAUUGAAAAAAGCAGCUUUAACUAUUAUUGCUCAACAUUUAUGUGAUGUAGAAAUUAAUAAUUUAAGAAAUAUUUUUAUUGCUCUUGAUGUCGAUAAUAGUGGUACCUUAUCAUCUCAAGAAAUUCUAGAUGGAUUGAAAAAAAUUGGAUAUCAGAAAAUACCUCCUGAUAUUCAUCAAAUACUAAAAGAUAUUGAUUCUAAUGGAUCAGGACAAAUUCAUUACACAGACUUUCUGGCAGCUACAAUAGAUAAAAGAACCUAUUUAAAAGAAGAAAUUUGUUUAAUUCCUUUUAAAGUGUUUGAUAUUGAUGGAAAUGGAAAAAUAAGUAUUGAGGAAUUAAAGAAAAUCUUUGGAAAAGCAGAUGUUAAAAAUUCAUUAGGAGAUAAAGCAAUUGAUUCCUUACUACAAGAAAUUGAUUUAAAUGGAGAUGGAGAAAUCGAUUUCAACGAAUUUAUGUUAAUGAUGAAGAAAAAAAACAGAGCUUAA